UAUACAUGUGCUACCUAUCGACUAUGUACAAAAACGUGUGAGAAAAGCACCUCAUUUUGUUGAAGUGUGAGUGUGUAGUGUUCAGUCCAAAGAGUAGAAUUGAAUUGGUUCAGUUUUCAAGUUUUCAUCUUUGGAAUUCACACAAACAUGGCUGCUCUUCUUCCCUCUCCCUCUCACCUUCUGUCUCCUAUCUCUUCCUCUCGUUUCCUGAGAUUCAAGGUUUCAUCAUGCUUUGUUCAGAAGAAUUUAAGUGUUAAGACAUUUUCUGCUUCUUUGAAGACACGCCCAAAGAUCUUGUGUGUUAUGAAUAAUAUGUCUGCACAGCAAUCAGAUGACCAUGGGAAGAUGAAAUUGAACCAAUUGACAGACAAGGCACAAAAGCUUUGGGACAGUUCACCCGAGCCGGUGAAGAAAUUCCCGUGGAAUAGAACGUUGGACAACUUCAUUCAACUCAUUCUUGAUCUUGUUUUGGCCGUAGUAAAAUACCUAGCUGUACCUGUGUUCGUAGUUACCUCCAUUAGUGAGUUAUCUUACUGUGGACAUGAAAGGAAGCUGGCUCUUGUUCCUAUUCCAUUUCUCUUUGGUGUUGCUGUUGCUGGGGUCCUUAAGAAGACUGCUUUAGAAUUAUCUCCACGACUAAAGUUUGGUUUUCAGGAUGCAGAAGUUCCAUGGCAUUUACUUGCAAUUGCAAUUUUCUUCACAUUAAUCAAAUUGCCCGGUCCAUAUUACCCUUAUUGGGGACGCAUAAUCAUUCCUCAUUUUGUAAAUGGUGUUCUCUUAAGGACGCUGUGGUUCGCAAUUAUGUGGUACAGAAGGCCUCAAAAAGCAUUGAAGAUAUCAGAUUCUACAUAUGAUAGUUAGUACACACCCUGAGCUAUGACACCAACCUGAAGAACAAUUUAUGCAACACUUGCUAUUACCCAUGAAAAUUCAAUUGGAGCAUUAGACAGUCCUUGAGAAUCUUGCUGAAAUUACAAUUGUCUUUGUUGAGAAAGAUGUAGAAAGCUAUGCUUGAUUACUAUGUUUCAGGGGAAUGGCAAAUUUGAUUCUAUUGGAACUGGAUGAGCCAGAUAAAUAGGUUUAUAGGCAUUACAAUUUACCAGCAUGUAGCAAGCUGUACUUGAGAAGUAGAUGUGACUUGCGACUCAACUUUUGUGUAAGGAGAAGUUUCUGGAAUGACAUUUCUUUCUGUUUUUAUUUUCUGGUCAAUGUGGCAUGUUCAUAUGGAGCUUGUAUCCAAUUUUCAGCUCAGUAAACUCGGGAAUUCUAUUUGAGUUGCCUGUCUAGUGAGAUCAUUAAGCAGUGAAACUCUAUUUCUAAUCUACUGGUGUCAUCAUUUGUUGGA